AUGUCAAGCAACGCAAGUACACUUACUAGCAACAACAAACCAUCGCCCACAGCCAACACCAAACCGAAUCGAUUGCCAGCGCCGACGCUCUUCGUCGGCCCACCAUCUCGCAAUGCCUCACAGCUCUCCAUCGCCCGGACCGCAACGCACGACUCGACUCUGAACAAGACAAGGGAUACGCUCAAUCGCCAGAAAUCCGCGCUCUCGCGUCCCUACCACCCCGAUGCAGAGACCAAUACCGGCGAUGGCGAUGCUCCGAACCCGAGCAGCAAUCUGCCCCCUCUCAAGAAGGCCAGUGAGAAGGCUGUCGAGGCGAAAUGGAAAGAGAUGCAGAGUACACUGAACGAAGUGGAAUUGACGGCUCAGAGCUCCACACACGUCUUUGGCGAGAGCCAUGCUGCUGCUCUGGACGACCUACGACGAGCACAGGUUGAGCUCGCAAGAGCAUGGGGACGAGGGAACGAGAGACAAGCGGAUGCGGCGGAGGACCUGGAACUGAACAUCAAUCGGUUCAAGGGUGCAGAGGAUAUCGCCUUGGAUAGGUCGAGCGCGCAUUCACGGCGACAGAGGGCGGAUACCGCGGCGAGUACAUCUACGGCGCUGUCGGAUGAGAGCACGAGUGUGAGGAGCGAUGUCACGAGUCGGAGCGGGAGGAGUCAGUUGGAGGAUGAGACUGCGGCGGAUAUCAAGCUGGCUAGUGAACGGCGGGCGGCUAAUGAGGCGUAUUUCAAGAAGGUGGAUAGUGGGGUGAAGGAUGUUGUUGCGAAGCUGGCUGUUGUUGCGGAGGCUAUGAGGGGGGUGGAAGGGGAGAGUAGGAGUUUGUGGAGUUCGUCUACUGAGAGGACUGAGAUGACGGCUGAGGAGGAGCAUAGACCAAAGUCGAAGGGGAAGAAUUCUGCCAGUUGA